AUGAGUACACAAACUUCAUCCAGACCAAUUUUCCAAUUGAGAAAGGAAUUAAGUGAGUCCUUGACAACGGACAUCUCUGAUUCUAAUAAUAAUGAAUUAGAAUUCUCCACAGAGAAAGCUACUUCUUUCGAGAACUCAACUGCCACUACAUAUAACGACACCAACAAAAUUUUAACAGAAAAUGAAGUUUACACCGUCAGUAGACUCACUACGGAAUUACCUUCCUCCACUAAGAGAGAAACUCAAGACCAUCAACAAACAACAGGUUUUCUUGAAACCUCUAUGCAGAAGGCAUUGAUAUCUGAUACAGACAAUAUUUUUAUUUGGAAUUAUGAUUCGCCUCAAAGAGACACUCCAUCUAUUAGAAUUCCAUUACACGAUGAAGCAGAAUACUCUUUGUCUGAACCACCAGCAUGUCUUUUGACAACACCUCUGGCUGCAUACGAACCUACCACAGGAAACUCUGAUAACGAUAACCAAAGAUUGGAAAUUAAUAAUGGACCUGAUAAUUGUGGUGUUAUAAUUUUUGACAAACAAACUGGGAAAGUAACUUAUUAUGAAGAUAUUGAAUCUAUAAAUAAUUUAUACCCCCAACUUUCUAAGGCAAUGUCUCAUAAUCUCGAUUUAAAUUUGUCUCAGGAUGAACGUAUCACUAAAGUUUUAAAUCUAGAACCUGCAGGUAUAGUUGUAGCUACAUCAUUAGGUGCAGUACAUUUUAUUACCAUAAGAGAUAAUAUUGGUAAACCAAGAAUAGCAUUGAAACAAACAUUGAUUAAAGCACAUAGAGGUUUACUUUCCCAAUUCUUUAAAAAGUCUCAACAAGAAAAUACAACAAAUACUUCAUAUUCUAUUGUUUCUUUGAAACAAGGACAUGUCACAGGGAAAGGAGAAAGACUUUUAUAUAUUACUACUAAAAGUGGUGAUUUCCAAAUUUGGCAAUUAGGUGUUUCAUCUAAGACGUUUAGGAGAAUAAAUGUAAACGUCUUUAACAAAAUUUUAGAAUCGUUACAAGAUUUAUACCCCUUUGCAUACGGUAGUUUGAAAUUAAUUGAUUCGCAUCCAUUAUUAUCCGAUAGCAUGAAUGUUCAAUUAUUUUUAUCUACAAUUACAGAUAAUAACAAUAUGUUUUAUAUUAUUUCCACUAUUAUUCUUGAUGAACAAUUUGGCGCUUACUCGAUUUUCUCAACUUAUAGAUUAAACACAAUGAAUUUACCUACACCUUCUGAACAAAAUGCGCCAAAGUUACUUAUUCCAAGCUCAUUGGAACAAAACAAUAGCUCCAUUGCAUCAGUUUUUGUUUUAUUUCAAAAUUGCCUUGUCAUUACACAAAUUAGUUCCAAACUUGAUUCUAGUUUCAUAUUAAAGAGAAAAUGGGAAGAUAUUAUAAGUUUUAAUGAAGAUAUAAAUGUAAUUGGAUUUGGUUAUAGUGCGAGUUCCCUUUAUAUAAUAAGCAAAGAAGUUGGUGGAAUCAUGAGGAUAGAGCUAAAACGAUCCGUUGAACCAAGUUUCACAGAAGAUUUAGAGGAAACAAGAUUUGUUAAAUCACAUGUCGAACAAGCUACAUAUUUUUCUAAUGCAUCAUUAAACAAUCCAAUAGAAUUUAAUUUACCAUCUGGAUUAUCCAUCGAUAGAGAAGUCAUUGAACAUGAUUUACUUUUGUGUAAUGAUGGAAUAUUUAGUUCUACCAGUAAAUUCAUUCCCAACGUUUCCUCAAAUUUAGAACAACAUUUAAAUUCCAGAAUUAAUUACUAUAAAAAUUUCUUACGCUUCAUUGAAUUAAAUUUCAAUAAUAAUAUUUCUCCUAAUUUAAAACUUCAUUUAGUGGAAAAUUUCGAAACUAUUAAUUGUGCUUUAAGAUUCCUUCAAUGUUUGGACAAAAAAGACAAUGUAAGUUCUAGACUAAACACUGUAUGGUCAUUUAUUCUAUCUAAAAACAAUAUUAAACUUGAAGAUUUGGUGAUUAAACAACUAGAUCAAUUCCCAUCGCUCUUCAUCGAGUUUUUGAAGUCCGUAGAUUUUGGAACCGAAUCUAAUGAAUUCAAAUCCAAAUUGAUAAACCUUUUGAUAUCAUGUUUUUAUGAGGCUAUCUUGGAAGAUGGUGAACGUACAGUUAGAUAUGACAUGUUCAACCUGGAUCCAUUAGAGGUCAGUGUUGAUAAGUUACCAUGGUAUAUUAAUUACGAUAUUUUGAAUGUCUUAAACAAACUAUUUUUCAAUUAUAAGUUCAGCAUUAAAGCUGAAGCUCCUACUGAUACAGUUAAGAAAGAACAAUUUUUAACGCUAUUGAAGAUUUUAUAUUAUUUUUUCAAUCAGAUUAAAGUAUGGAAUACCCAAGUGGACAAGGAAGUCGAUCAAACAAAAUUUGAUCUAGUAGCAAAACUUUAUGAUGAUAACCAUACAGCCUGGAAUGAUGUUCUAUGUGAAUUGAACUACAAAGAACAAUCGAUAAGGAUCACCGAUUUUUAUCAGGAUUUUGAAGCUUUGGUGCAGACUUUAGAAACUUUGGAUGGUCAAGAUAGUCUUUACGCACAGUUCUUCGAGAAAUUCGAUUAUGAUUUUGCUUCGACCUUAUUCUCGUAUUACAUUGCUAAUAAUAAACUAUCGAAAUUAUUUUAUCAAUUCCCCGAACAGCAUCAUCAAUUGGUAAGAUUCUUUGAAGAAAAUAUUGACCAAUACAGAAAUAUAUCCUGGAUUCAAGAUAUUAUGGACGACAAUUUCUCCAAAGCAUCGAUGGAUCUUGUAAAAUUAAAUUUACUAGGGAAGCCUAUUACCAAAAACCAAAUUUACUUAAAUAUUGCCAAAUUAAGUGGUUUGGUUGAUGAAAAUAAUAUCGAUGUUGUUACUUUAGACGAAAUUCAAUCCCGUUUGGAUUUAAUAGACGGAGAGAUUGAUUUUAAAAGUAAAUUAAAGGAAAACACUAUUGAACUAAACUCGAGGUACGAAGAAACUUUCUUUAAAAAGAUAUAUGAGGAAACUAAUCAAAAAUUGCAAAAAGGAAUUACUAUUCCUCUCAAUCGUGUAAUUGAACAAUACAGUCUUUUGGAUGAUGCAGAGAGUUUCUUCUGUGCACUGAAGUUGAUAGCAUUUAACACCAAAUCGAUAGAAUAUGAAGUCAAAAAGUUUUUGAUUGCAACACUUUGGAGAAGAUGUAUUCUCAAUGACAAAUAUAUUAUGGAGCAUGAUGACGCUAAACAAUUAUCCGAAGGUACAGUCUAUCAAGUUUUAGAAGGCUUUUUCAGUCAAGAACUUUUCAUUUCCGAUAUAGCUUUACCAAGUGUGCAUAUUGUUAAAGAUAAAUAUAUCGUUACGGAAGAAUAUUUGACAAAUACUUACGGUGAAUUCACUUCGAAUGAAGAAGAAAUAUCUAAAAUAAGAAAUUCCAUCGAACAAGAUAUUGAGGAUGUUAGUAAAAUCACUCAACUCGAAGCACAUUUACAUACUAUAAUCAACGCUGCCAAUGAAAACACAGGUAAUCAAUGUGCUAUAAAUUAUGAAACUAACACUAUUGAACCUAAUUAA